UACAACAUGGCGCCCGGUAAUGAAAGUCUUACAGAUUUACAAAAAGAUAUUUUUACAAAAAUCAGCAAAAAUGAAGUAUGUGAACUUAAAACAUUAUUAGCGUUGAACAAAGUCAAAAUGGAUUUUGUUGAUGAGAAUGGCAUGAGCCCGCUACAGCACGCUUGUUAUAAAGGAAAUGUUGAAAUCGUGCAAAUGCUCCUUGAUCAGGGUGCUGAUGUAAAUGCAUGUCAACAUGAACAUGCAUAUACAGCACUUCAUUUUGCUGCUUUAAGUGGCAAUGCUGAUUUGUGCCAUCUUCUAAUGUCUCAUGGAGCACGUUUGACAGCAAUGAAUAGUGUGGGUAGAACAGCUGCUCAAAUGGCAGCAUUUGUGGGAAAUCAUAAUUGUGUAGCAACCAUUAAUAACUUUAUUCCAAAGGCUGAUAUAGAUUUUUACAUCAAGCCACAAGGUUUGCUGAUGGAACCUAUGCUACCAUCACAUUUAGCAGAUUAUUUUCAUAAAUUCAUAAUGCAAGUCAAUGUUAAUCCAGUACGUGUGACCAUAAAUUUACAGAAAUUUCCAGCUCUCCUAGAAAAUGCUACAAAAGUACAAAAGGUAUUAGAGUCUAUGCGCUACAGAGAAAUGACACGAGGUGCUGAGACAAAUGAAGUAAUGGCUUUUAAGUACCAUUAUUUAAGUUGUGUUGUGGUCGAAGUAUUAAAGUGUCAAAGACGACAAGAAGCUAUGAAAGCAGAGAAAAAUGAAAAAAGCAACGAGGAGAGCGAAGAGAAGAAAUCAGAUACUGUAGAACUUUUGAUACGAAGGUUUUUAAAAUGCAGCAAAAAUGAUGGUUUACCAGAAUAUCAGGAAGCAUUUUUGAGAGAAUCUGUGAGGGAGUUUCCAUUCAGAGAAAGUACAAUUUUUCGUCAAAUGGUUGCCACAUUAGCAAGUAGGGAUCCACCAUCUGCUGUUUCUGUAAUUUCUGCUGCAAUUAAUGGACAACGUGGUUUUUCUGAUAAUACUCAAAUUUGUGUAACUUGUGGCGAGGACAAAGCUAUAAAAAAAUGUAGUAAAUGUAAAGCAGUACAAUAUUGCGACAGAGAAUGCCAGAGAUUGCAUUGGUUUAUGCAUAAAAAAGCUUGCGCCAGAUUAGGGCAAUCAUCUAAUAAUGGGAAAUCCGUAGAUGUAGAUAAAGAACAGAUUACCAAUAUUGUCGGAUCCAAAUUACAAAAUUUAGCUGUUAAAUAAGUGUAUAUCAUAUACAGAUUUAAUACUAGUGAUUUGGUUGAAAAAUGUAUUUACUUAUAGAUGUUUGUUUUGUAUAUAGUCAUUUAUAUAUAGAAUUAGCGCCUAUAUCAUAUCAUUCCCUUCCUUUACAAAAGUUAAAUAAUGUCAUUAUUUUCGUAUAAUUAAAAUUAUUGAAGUUGAAUAACUUCUAUUUUAUAUUAGAUGAGUUCACUAUACAUUUAUUUCAUGGUUUCUAAUAUUGAUAAGUGGCCAAAAUAACCAAAGAAAUUGUAUAAUUAAAUUAUAAAG